CAGAGAGUAACGAAGUGAAAGAUUCAAGGCUCUGGACUCUCAGUUCUACGUGUCUGACUCGGCUUGGUACAGUCAACGUCUUAGAGUCGUCAAACAUGGCUUAUCUCUUCUCGUUCAGUUGUUUGUCCCUUCUACUCGUCACUGUUGUCACCGGCAUGACCGUAAAACCGGGCUGUGAAAGAAAUGGCGUCAUGUACAAGCCUGGCGAGAAGUUCAGCCCAAGUCCAUGCGAGUUCUGCCACUGCCAGGACAAUGGUCAAGCUAUGUGCGCCAUCCAGGACUGUGCCUUCCCGCCAUGUGUAGACGCCGUGUUUAAACCUGACCAAUGUUGUCCUGUUUGCCCGAACGGCCCCAACUGCAGAUCUUCUGACGGAACCCUCAUGCAUGUUGGCGAGACAGUGACCACCGCUAACGGAGAUGUGUGCUACUGCCCGACCAGUCCCAACAUGCACUGGGGUCCUCAGACAGCUGUGUGCAAAAGACCUCCUCCCACUACGAUAGCAGCAUCCUAAAGUGGGGUUCACAUUUAUCCUACUGGUCAGAUUUGCAUGAUCGAAUCGACUAAGAAAAUCGGAGGAGCGAAAACACCUUAUGUGUAUGUAAAAAAUGUCAGCAAGAAUAACAGUUGAUUUUUUUCUAUACGUAGAA